CAUAGAAGAACACACACUGGAGAGAAGCCUUAUGAAUGUAAGCAGUGUGGUAAAGCCUUUUCACAAAAUGGUGCUCUCUUAAUCCAUAAAAGAACACACACUGGAGAGAAACCUUAUGAAUGUAACCAGUGUGGUAAAACCUUUGCAGAAAAGAAUAAUCUCAUACAGCAUAAAAGAACACACACUGGAGAGAAACCUUAUGAAUGUAACCAGUGUGGUAAAGCCUUUGCACGAAACAGUAAUCUCAUAAGCCAUAAAAGAAUACACACUGGAGAGAAACCUUAUGAAUGUAACCAGUGU